GCGAUUACUGAACCGACCCGUGAGACCGAUGGUUUCUUUCUACCAUUUCUGCCCCUGAGCCCUAAACUUCACGCUCGACAGGCUCAGCUCUCGAUCCAACCGCCCUCUACGUCGGCGUGAUCUUCGGCAGGGAAGCGAAAUCAAGUUUCUAGAGUCGUACUAAUCGAAGGACUUGGGCGUUGGAAUCCGAGGUAAUCGUUGAACUUCUGGCAUCAUGGGGGAAUCAUCCUUUACAAUUCAGAUUAGUACCAAUUUAGUUGACCAGCUAGCUGAUGAUAGUGGAAAGCUGAAAAGGAAAACUAGGAAAGCAAAGCCAAAGCUGCCACAGGAUGCUAAAACUCCUCAGCAAUCCCUUUCUAAGCAAAAGCAGGUCUCUGAUGAUUCUAAGAUCCUUAAAGUGCCACCUGCAGCUGGAUGGCCGCUUCAGCCUCCUCUAUACUUGCCACCUCCUCCUGUGCAACCUGCUAAUGCAGAGUUAGAAGCAAUUCAGUCUGUCCUGAAAGAGAGUGAAAAUGUUGUGGAGAAGCUGCAAAAGCAGGAGGCCGACAUGCUGCAGGAAGUCACUGAAAGAGCUAAGGAUCUCCAUGCUAAAGAGUUCAAGCUUCCACAGCAGAAGCCCGUGCCCUGUUUAGAGAAGUAUGAGGCCUGCCUGAAGUGUUACGAGGAGAACACUCGGGACUCUCUAAGAUGUCAAUUUUUGGUCAAUGAUUAUGCUGAUUGUGUGCGUAAAAUUAGGCGGUUAGUCAGCUCAGAGGAUAAAUAGUCCAUGUGAAAGAAGAGUUAAUACACUUGAUUACAAACUAAUUGCAGUUUUCUCGAAUCUGAGAUUUUGUGGUGCAAAUAAAGCAUACCUCUUACUCUUGCCCCAUGUUUGGGAUGGAAUGCCUGCCAUCGUGCUGCUCUGGGCUCUCUCGAUAUAUCAUUUUGCUCCUUAGGCCUUUGAUGCACUUUUCUCCCUACUCAGUUCGCGAUCUGCCUCAACUGACAUUGAGAAGACGAUUGUAGCUAAUAUCUUGUUGUACUAACUAAUGCUUGCCAUAAUGGCUAGCUGCAUUUCCUCCCUCUGAACCAACAUUUGUUUGAUUGAGAGCUCAUUCGACUGCUUAUUUCUAUUUUGAGUUCGUGCAUGGCAGUGGCAUGUGCUGUUGUAUUACGUUUUCUUUUUCCAAUGUUUAUCAAUCCUCCUUUGUAUG